AUGAUGAAAAUGAACACCGGAGCGUCGCCGUCCGUGAACGUCGGCGGCGGAAGCGGCGGAGGUAGUGGUCAUGAGUGGGAAUCCCGACCUGGAGGAAUGGUUGUUCAACGACGGACUGAUCAAAGUUCCGAUGUGCCACGUGUUAUUCGAGUCCGGGUCAAAUACGGGUCGGUUUAUCACGAGAUCACCGUCAAUUCUCACGCAUCCUUCGGAGAGUUGAAGAAGAUGUUGACUGAUCUGACAGGACUUCAUCACGAAGACAUGAAGAUUUUGUAUAAAGACAAAGAAAGAGAUUCAAAGAUGUUUCUUGAUCUUACUGGAGUUAAAGAUCGGUCAAAGCUUCUUGUUAAAGAAGAUCCAAUUUCUCAGGAGAAACGUCUCCUUGCAAAAAGGAAAAACGCCGCCAUUGAAAAAGCUUCCAAAUCGAUCUCCGACAUUAGUCUCGAAGUCGAUAGACUCGCCGGACAAGUUUCGGCGUUUGAAACAGUGAUUGAUAAAGGAGGGAAAGUUGAAGAGAAGAGUCUUGUGAAUCUGAUUGAAAUGUUGAUGAAUCAGUUAUUGAGACUCGAUGCGAUUACUGCGGAUGGAGAUGUGAAAUUGAAGAGGAAGAUGCAGGUGCAAAGAGUUCAGAAGUAUGUUGAAGCACUAGACGUUUUAAAGGUCAAAAACGCUACCAAGAAAGUCGAAAUCAACAAAUCGGUCCGCCACAAACCGCAAACGCGAUAUGAGCAGCGCGAUUUGUUAUCGUUUGUGGAGGAAGGUGAGGAGGAGGCUGCGAGGAAUUCGGGCGCCUCCUCCUCAUCGGGUACUCCACCGAUUGCAACUACAAAAUGGGAGAUGUUUGAUCACACAUCGGCGGCGAAAGCGGUUGAAACGGUUAAACCGGUUCCUCCGAGAUACAAAUGGGAAUUCUUCGAUUAA